GUCCAAACUAUAAAGUAGCGCGAGCGCCUUAACUGUGGACGAGAAGUGUCGUCUGUUUGGAGGGUCGUACACAGAACGUGCAGACACAUAUUGGGUAGUACAGGGAAUACAGGCCCAGGUGUGUACAUGUACACACGGAAAAGUGGACAUCUUUACAACUUAAUUAAGGAGUAAAUUUCCGAAAAUGGAGUUGGAGUUAUGGAUUUAAAGCGUAGAGGACUUGAAAUGGGCGGUCUGCUAGUGGUGUUUCUGCUGCCGAGUUGCCUGCUGUCGGCGGUUUACGGCUCACCUCUCCUUCUCUUUGCCAACCGUCGAGACGUACGAUUGGUAGAUGCAGAUGGUGUGCGGGGUGAAUCGGCCAUCGUUGUUAGUGACCUGGAAGAUGCUGCAGCGGUGGACUUCCUGUAUGAUGAGGGCUUAAUAUUUUGGACAGAUGUCAGCGAGGAGGCCAUCAAACAGACGCACUGGAAUCAAUCAUCCAAUUCACUUAAAGAAGCACUGGGAACUGGUCAGACUGUGGUAGUAUCAGGACUGGAUAGUCCUGACGGGUUGGCGUGUGACUGGCUGGGUAGAAAGCUCUACUGGACAGACUCAGAGACCAAUCGGAUUGAAGUGGCCAACCUGGAUGGCACAUCCAGAAAAGUCCUGUUUUGGAUGGACUUGGACCAGCCCAGGGCUAUUGCUCUCAACCCCUCUCAACGCUACAUGUACUGGACAGACUGGGGAGAGGAGCCCAGGAUAGAGCGUGCUGGCAUGGACGGCAGCAACAGGAAAGUUAUAGUGGAUGUGGAUAUAUACUGGCCCAACGGUCUGACAAUAGACCUGACAGAACAGAAGUUGUACUGGGCUGACGCCAAACUCAGCUUCAUUCACAGAGCUAACCUGGAUGGAUCAGCACGCGAAACAGUGGUGGAGGGUACCCUGACUCAUCCUUUUGCACUGACGCUGUUUGAGGAGACCCUAUACUGGACUGACUGGCAGACCCGCUCCAUCCAUGCCUGUAACAAACACAAUGGAGACAAAUCCAGAGAAAUUCUCAGUGGGAUUUACUCUCCUAUGGACAUCCAGGUUCUGGAGUCUUAUCGACAGCCUUACAUCCAGACUCCCUGUAGUGACAGUAAUGGAGGCUGUAGUCACCUCUGCCUGCUUUCUCCAGUCCAACCUUUCUACAGCUGUGCCUGCCCCACUGGAGUCCAGUUAAAGCCAGAUGGAAAGACCUGCAAGCCAGGAGCAGAGCAAGUCUUACUGCUGGCUCGACGAACUGACCUGAGGAGAAUCUCUCUCGACCUGCCAGAUUUCACUGACAUAGUGUUACAGGUUGAUGACAUUCGUCAUGCCAUAGCUAUAGACUAUGACCCAGUUGAGGGUUACGUUUAUUGGACAGACGAUGAAGUUCGGGCCAUCCGGCGAUCCCACAUUGAUGGCAGCAAUGCCAUGAUGCUGGUUACCACGGAGAUCAACCACCCAGAUGGCAUUGCUGUGGACUGGGUGGCCAGAAACCUUUAUUGGACUGACACUGGCACUGACCGGAUUGAGGUAACCAGGCUCAAUGGAACGUCUAGGAAAAUUCUGAUUUCUGAGAACUUGGAUGAACCCAGAGCCAUCGUCCUGGACCCUGUUAAUGGCUACAUGUACUGGACUGACUGGGGUGAGCAUCCCAAAAUCGAGCGGGCCAACCUUAAUGGAUUGGACAGGGUGGUUCUACUCAACAGUUCUCUUGGAUGGCCUAAUGGGCUAGCUCUAGAUUAUGCGGCAGGAAAACUCUACUGGGGAGAUGCUAAAACUGACAAGAUAGAGGUGGUCAACGUGGAUGGCACUAACAGACAUACUCUACUGGAGGACAAGCUGCCUCACAUCUUUGGUUUUACUCUACUGGGUGAUUACAUCUACUGGACUGACUGGCAGAGACGCAGUAUUGAGAGGGUCCACAAAGCAACAGCUGUAAGAGAGAUCAUCAUCGAUCAGCUGCCAGAUUUAAUGGGGCUGAAGGCCACUAAAGUUACAGAGACAUACGGUACAAAUGGCUGCGCGGUGAAUAACGGUGGAUGCAGCCAUCUGUGUUUCUGGUGUCGGCAGGCCGUCAACUGUGCCUGUCCCAUGGGCAUGGAACUCCUUUCAGACCUGCAGACCUGCGUGGUGCCGGAGGCCUUCCUGCUCUUCACGAACAGGGACAACAUCAGGAGUAUCUCUUUGGGUACCAACAGCAAUGACGUAGCCAUUCCUCUGACAGGAGUUAAAGAAGCUUCAGCUCUUGACUUUGAUGUGUCUGAAAGAAGAAUAUACUGGACAGACAUCCAGGCCAAGACCAUCAGCAGAGCGUAUAUGAAUGGCAGCUCUGUAGAACAUGUCAUAGAAUUUGGAUUAGACUACCCAGAAGGCAUGGCAGUCGACUGGAUGGGCCGUAACAUCUACUGGGCUGAUACAGGCACUAACCGCAUUGAGGUGGCCCAGCUGGAUGGCCAGUACCGCCAGGUCUUGGUCUGUAAGGACCUUGAUAACCCACGCUCACUGGACAACCCCCGAUCACUUGCACUGGACCCAUCUAAUGGUUACAUGUACUGGACAGAGUGGGGUGGUCGACCUCGUAUAGCCAGAGCAUAUAUGGAUGGCAGCACCAUCACAACCCUGGUCGAUAAAGUGGGACGAGCCAACGGUCUAACCAUUGACUAUGUAGAUCAUCGACUCUACUGGACUGACCUGGACACAUGCAUGAUCGAAAGCACUAACAUGCAAGGCCUUCAGAGGGAGAUCAUUGUAGACGACCUCCCUCACCCCUUCGGUCUGACUCAGUACCAGGAUUUUAUUUACUGGACUGAUUUUAACCUGCGCAGUAUUGAACGGGCUGACAAACGCAGUGGACUCAACCGCACUGUGGUGCUGCAAGGCCAGCUGGAGCUGAUGCUGGACAUCUUGGUAUUUCACUCCUCCCGUCAGGAGGGUACCAACGAGUGCUCACAUAACAAUGGCAACUGUGCCCACCUCUGCCUUGCCACACCUGCUGGGGCCCAGUGCCGCUGUGCCUCCCACUACACUUUGAAUACUGAUGGAAGAAACUGUAGCUCUCCCUCUAGUUUCCUUCUCUUCAGUCAGAAGGCCAGUAUCAGCAGAAUGGUUUUGGGAGAGCAGAGUCCUGACAUCAUCCUGCCCAUCCAUGUCCUGAGGAAUGUCCGGGCUGUCAGCUACGACCCGAUGGACCGGCUUGUCUACUGGCUUGAUGGAAGACAAAACAUACGCAGGGCCAGAGAUGAUGGAGCAAUGUCUUCCAUGAUAGUAAGCAGCAGUGUUCAGCCUGUGGACAAUCAGCUUCACGACUUGAGCCUGGACCCCUACAGUCGCCACAUUUACUGGACCUGUGAGACAACCAACACCAUCAACGUUCAAAGGAUGGACGGACACACAGUGGGGGUGGUCGUGAAGGAUGACAAUGACAAGCCGCGGGCCAUUGUGGUCAAUGCUGAGAAAGGAUACAUGUAUUUUACCACAGUGCAGGAGCGCUCAGCUAAGAUUGAAGGAGCCAGUCUGGAUGGGACAGAGAGGGAGUCCCUGUUCACCACUGGUCUGAUCAGACCAGUAGCUCUGGCUCUGGACAAUAAACUGGGGAAACUAUUUUGGGUUGAUGCUGAUCUUAAACGUAUUGAAAGCAGUGACCUGACAGGAGCCAAUCGCAUUGUCCUCCAGGAUUCCAACAUUCUGCAGCCAAUGGGGCUGACAGUUCUUGGAGAUCAUCUGUACUGGAUCGAUCGGCAGCAGCAGAUGAUAGAGCGAGUGGACAAGCUGACUGGAGAUGGGCGUACACGCAUACAAGGACGGAUAUCAUACCUCACCUCCAUCCAUGCUGUGGAAGAGAUGGAUCCAACGGAGUUUGCAUCCCAUCCUUGUUCCCGUGACAAUGGGGGCUGUUCUCACAUCUGCAUUGCUAAGGGUGAUGGCACACCUCGCUGCUCCUGUCCCAUGCACCUGGUGUUACUGCAGGAUCUGCUGCACUGUGGAGAGCCUCCUACCUGCUCCACAGAACAGUUCACCUGCUCCACAGGCGAGAUUGACUGUAUUCCCAUGGCCUGGCGUUGCGAUGGCUUCCCUGAAUGUGAUGACAGCAGUGAUGAGGAGAACUGCCCCGUGUGCUCAGCCUUUCAGUUCCAGUGUGAUAAAGGAGGCUGCAUUGAUGCUCACAGGCGCUGCAACGGUGAACCCGAUUGUGCUGAUCACUCUGAUGAGCAGGACUGUGAAACCAUCUGCCCUCCUAACCAGUUCCGCUGUGGUGACAACCAGUGUAUCACCAAGAAACAACAGUGUGACAGUUACUCUGACUGCCCUGAUGGAUCAGAUGAGCUCGCCUGUGAGUAUGUGUCUCCUCCCUCCAGCGGCAUCCCUAAUACUGGUCCUAACACCAUUGGUCCCGUCAUUGCUAUCAUCCUGCUUGUCUUUGUGAUUGGGGGAGCAUACUUUGUCUGUCAGCGUGUGGUGUGUCGACGCUAUAAGGGCCCCAGUGGGACUUUUCCUCAUGAGUACAUCAGUGGUACGCCCCACGUACCCCUCAAUUUCAUCGCCCCCAACAGCUCUCAACAUGGCACCUUCCAAGGUAUUUCCUGUGGGAAGUCGAUGAUGAGUUCAGUCAGCCUGAUGGGCAGCAGCAGCAGCGGGGCCCCUCUAUAUGACAGGAACCAUGUCACAGGCGCCUCAUCCAGCAGCUCGUCUUCCACCAAGGGAGCCUUCUAUCCUCAGAUCCUGAACCCUCCUCCAUCCCCAGCUACUGACCGGUCUCUCUACAACACAGAGGUCUUUUAUUCCUCCAACAGUCCAUCCACCACCAGAUCAUACAGAUCCUACCACCCGGUCCGUGGAGCUGCCCCACCCACUACUCCCUGCAGCACUGAUGUCUGCGACAGUGACUAUACCCCCCACCACCCGCCAGCUGGGCUGGCAUCAUCAGCGGGCUGGAAGGUCACAGCCCAUGGCAACCACGGCAAACACAACAAGUACUACAUGGACCUUAACUCAGACUCGGACCCCUACCCUCCACCCCCCACCCCUCGCUCCCAGUACCUGUCAGCGGAGGAGAGCUGCCCCCCAUCCCCUUCCACUGAGCGCUCCUACUUCCACCUGUGCCCCCCUCCUCCCUCACCCUGCACCGACUCCUCAUGACCCUUCAACAGCCCAGGAGUUCUGUGAGGAAGGACGGAUAAAGUACACUCACUGCAGGAACUGGCCUUAUCUGGCCCAGUUUACCAGGGAAAGAACUCAUGUGCCAACUUAAAGCCCUAGCUGGCUCACAUCUGCUGCUUUAUAUCAGCUGGUUAGGCUCAAGUGCAUUGCUCAAGGUCCCUAUGUCCCACAUUGGUCAUAUCAUCAUUCCAGUCAUCCUGGAAUCUCAGGGUGGCCAUCAUCUGAUCACUUUUAUGUCUGGCUUCCAUGAUUCUAAUAUAAUAUUGACUAACUCAUGGUGGGUUGAAGGUUUGAAGUCCUCUCUGCCUUGCUGCAGGGCACAAAAAGAGAAAGAGAGAGAUGACGAGUGAAUACAGCCAGAAGCUUCCUCUUUAAUUUUCAUUCCAUCAAAAUAAGGAAACUUCCUUUGCUGGGCCAUUUCUCGAUCACAAAGUUUCAGUACUUUCAUCUGUCCAAACACAAGCCUAAAUGCUGGUCUUGCAUUCCCCUAAACUCUUUGACAUUUGCAUUUGACACAGCAGAGGGGGAGAAUUACGAGUAGGCACUGGUAUAUGAAAACCACAAUGAAUCCAGUUCUACGAAUCUUGAGUUAAGAUUAAAGCCAUGGCAUGGACUAAGCACAGCGCCCCACACCAUUUGUCGUCUUCUUCCUCACAGCAUCCAGAACAGUGGCAGGACUGUAUAUAGUGUUAAAAUAGUAUGAACAAAAAUAAAUUAGAGAGGAAAUUAUUUUACUAUUUUUUCAUGUUGGCUGAUUCACCACUCCACAGAAAAUAAAGGACAGAUAGUUGAGUGGACGUAUGCAUAAAUGAAUUUUGAAUGGAUGAAUGACUGGACAUGAGCAUUAUGUAAAUGUUUUGUUUGAUGUAAGAAAUUUGAUCAGUUUGAUUGUGAUGACUGAAUGAAUUUGUAGAAGUAUGAAUGAAUGAGUAGAAGGAUGCAAUAGGGCCAAGGCAAAGUCUGAAAUCUUUUGUACCUUGUUUUGAAAUUGUCUCCUUCACAUUUUAAAUUGGGAAUUCUUUGUAGCUGAACAUGGGACCUUUUGAAGUAGCAGAGCCUUCCCCGGUCAACAACAAGACAAACCCUCCAACAGUCCCUUCUUUAUUCCCUCAAACCGCCAACAAAUGUGACAACACACCAAAUAAAUAUCAACAUGUAAAGCUUUUGUACAAUUGUAUAAUGAAGUCAGUGACUGAUUUGUGAGAAGUGAAUGAUUUCUUUGUGAAUCUGAAACCUCCUCCAUCAUUUUACUUUACCCCCAUUAUCCCGUUUACCAAAAGUGUGUUUGCUGCUAUUGUGUACUAUACAGUUACUAUAACUUAAAAUGACACAUAAAGCCCAAAAUUACCACUUUCAUACUGACAGUAGAUCAUGAAGCUAUUUUACAGUUAAUAACAAAUUAUUCUAAUAGUAAUUUCUGUUAUUUGUAUUUCUGUUUGUGUGUAGAUCAUUUAUGUAUGUUUUAAUGUCAGUCACCAUGUUUUGAAGGAGUCUUUCUGGAAGAAAAGUGAAAGGUUGAAAGAGUUCCCGUUGAUUUUAUUCAGAACUGUUCCAGAAUUCAACUGAAAGUCUCAGUAUGCUUCAAAUGAAGAAUUCUUCUAGACUAGAAAGUCUUCUAGUCUCAAUGCAAUGACCUCAUCUGCUUUCAUACCUUCACACAUGUUGCCAGUGUCUGUGUAGAGUGAGCUUGAAAAUGUGUUUUAGACAGCAUUAGCCCAUUGAGCACUCGGUUUGAAGCAUGCUGAGACCUUGAGUUGUGCUCACCUCCAGUGUAGUGGACCUUGGCUGUGGAGUUUAACGCCUCAUCACUUCAAAGGUUUGACUCACAUGAUAUUUUUUUAUUCCUUGCCUUUGAUGUCACAUUUUGUAGGAUAUCUGAACACCUAUAGAAUAGAUAUCUUUGAAAUGUUCUGAAGGUAGUUAUUGUCCCCAGAAGAUGAGUCCCUGACCUUUGCUUUUAUUUUUUGGUAGAGGACAAAGCUCUAAAGUUGCAGUGAAAAAGAAUAAAAUUCUGUCUGAAAGUG